ACCUUCCCCAGGAAAGCUCCCAAUCUCCUGGCUUUCCGCAAAAUAUGCAAAUCUGAACUAUUCGAAAUGUCUGCUCAGGUCCUAAAGUUGCGCUGCACAAAAUGGUUGACAAACCUACUUGGGUAAACAAUGGAGUCUGUGGUCUGUACUGCCACUUAGAGCUUAUUGGACAGCAAGAGCAGGCCUCGGGGCAGAGAUGAAAGUUCUUCCGCUGCUGCCCGUGAUCGCCUGUCUUCUUGUCAAAGCCCGGGGCAAGAUCUUCAGUCGCUGCGAGCUGGUCUUGAGGCUGGAACAUUCGGGAUUGGAAGGGUUCCAGGGCUACAGCUUGGCUGACUGGAUCUGCCUGGCAUACUUUGCGAGUGACUUUGAUACAGCUAAAGUGACACACAAUUCAGAUGGCAGUUCUGAAUACGGCAUCUUCCAGAUCAACAGUCGUCUCUGGUGUUCUGACCACCACAGUACCACAAAGGACCUGUGUGAUAUAUCGUGCCGUGAUUUGCUCACUGAUGACAUCACUGAUGACAUCGAUUGUAUCAAGAAAGUUGUGCUGGACUCAGAAGGUUUGGAUGCCUGGAUGGGCUGGAGAGACCACUGCCGGGGCAGGAAUCUGAAUUACUGGAUCAAUGCCUGCAACGUGUAAGCCCAGAGGAUCAGCAGUGGGAUUUCUCUUCUUGGUUCCCAGCCCCGAGCCUGGCGCGGACAGCUGCUUUUAGACGUGACCUGACAGUCAAACAAACCCGAUGGGAG